AUGUCAUCUCCGCUCUCUCAGAACCCGUCCCGUCCUCCAACCUCCAAGGCUAACGCGGCCUCCCCGAAGGUGACCUCUGAAGACGUCGAGCUUGGUCCGGUCCAGAAUGGCCAGGCGGAACCUGCUCUUCCUCUGGAAGAGGAUAUUAUGCAAUGCGCCCGCAUAGGUGCACUUGAGUACUUGCAGAAGAUGUUCCAGUCUGGCAAAUACUCUGCGAACUACCAAGAUGAAGAAGGAAUUACACCAUUACAUUGGGCUGCUAUCAACAACCAAUUUGCCGUUUGCAAAUAUCUUCUGGAGCAGGGUGCAGAUGUCAACGCAAAAGGCGGGGAAUCCAAUGCUACCGCAGUCAUGUGGGCGUCGCAGAGAUGCCAUUUCUACAUUGUGAAUCUGCUACUACAAAACGGAGCCGACCCUCUCCUGACAGAUGGCCAAGGGUACAACAUUCUACAUCUAGCUACUAUCGAUGGAAACGCCCUUCUCCUGACCCUUCUUCUACAUCAAAGCAUCCCUGUGGACACACCGGAUCCUCAAGGCCAUACAUCCCUGAUGUGGGCUGGGUACAAAGGUUGGCCCGCCUGCGUUGACCUUCUGCUCCGCUGGGGAGCGGAUGUGAACGCAGCCGAUGAUAAUGGCUUCACUCCUCUGCACUGGGCUUUGGUCAAGGGCUCGAAACCCUGCCUGGACAGACUGAUUGAAUACGGCGCCGAUCGAUUCGCAAAGACCAGGGAAGGCAAGACACCGAGCGCCUGUGCUGAAGAAAUGAACACCAAACGAGCAUACCACCGUUCUCUGGCCGAUCAUGGAUACGAUACUUUGGGUAACAUCAAGACACUUCCUCUCAACUUAAAUGUUCUAUUGCGGGACCAGUCGAAAAUGGGCAAAUUCUUCUUCCUGUACCCCUUUUUCAUCAUCAUUAUCGGCCUGUAUAUAAUCAGUCACAUCAGAAUUUUUGUCGGCGUCCCGAUCUUUUUGGUGGUCUGUCUAGGCAUGCAGUAUCUGGCACAACGAAUUGCAAUGAAGGCCCCUCUGGAAUAUCAUUCCAUCCACAAAACGCCAUAUCUGGCCGGCAUCUUCGCGGGGACACUGUUUUGGGUAGGUGUCAGCUAUCUGACCUCAAUCCUGCCUGUUACGUUUUCGACCAAUCCAAUCUCCACCAUAGCCUUCAUCAUAUUCUUCUCCAGCACGUCAUAUUUUUAUUUCACCGCAAUGCUCGAGGAUCCGGGGUUCAUCCCGAAACUAGCGUCACGAAAUCAACAACGAACUGUCAUCCAGGAACUUUUCUCGCUCUGGAAGUUUGACGAGGAGAACUUCUGUGUGCAAUGCAUGGUCCGCCGACCCUUGAGGUCCAAACACUGUCGCCGCUGCAACCGAUGCGUGGCCAAGCACGACCACCACUGCCCCUGGAUCCACAACUGCGUGGGCAACGACAACCUGCGCCACUUUUACAUUUAUAUUCUCAGCCUCGAGGUCGGGAUUAUUCUCUAUGUCCGGCUGGUCCUUUCGUACCUGUCGUUUCUUCCCACGCCAUCCGACGAUGCCAUCUCGAAAUGCAACCUUGCCGGCCCCGCCCUGUGCUCGUUCGUGCUGCGCGAUCCGUGGACCGUGGCACUGGCUUUCUGGGCCUGCCUCCAACUCGUCUGGGUCACCAUGUUGGUCGUGGUGCAGACGGUGCAGAUCUGCAAGAACCAGACGACGUACGAGAACAUGCGGCGCCACCAACACUCGCACGAGGGCGCCCCGCUGCUCCCGCUGCACGCGCGGCCCGUCACCCACGGCGCUUCGGCAGCUUCGACGUCGCUCAAUGACACGGCGGCCUCGGCCACCGCGCUCAACCCCGUACCCCGUCGCCCGGACGGCUGCUUGACGCGAUGGACGAAACUGCUCGGCCUCGACGCAUUCAUGGCCACCGCGUCCGAUGCCUCGCACGGCAAACUGCAGGUCCGUACUGGGAACCCGUACAGCCGCGGUGUGAUCGGCAAUUGCAAGGACUUCUGGUGCGACCCGGCGCCAGUGUUCGGCCGGCGGAGGAACGGCGAAGGUUUCUUGGGUGGCGAGGUAGUCGACUACGCCCACCUGUACGAAGUGCCACUCCGGUUCAGGAGAGGCGUGGGCGGGAUGGCGUAUGCCAGUGUCGCCGGGGAUGACCAUCAUGACGACGACGACGUGUGA